GCCAGGAGCCGGUGUAGUCCUCGGCAGUGCUCGUCGGAGUGAGACAGAACCUUGGACCUCGGCCAACGAAGUUCGCAGCGGAGCAGCGCUCAAGUUGCUCCGGCCAGCCUGAGACUGCGGUUACCAGAGUGCUCGAGGCGCCUUCAACUCCCAGGAAGCUCAGCGUUCGGCUCCCGCAAUUCCCAGAGUGCUCCGCGUCACCCCUCAGGCUCCGCCCCCUCCCGGCCUCGGACUACAAAUGGACUCUCAGGGGCUGCCAGGGCCAGUCAGCGGCUCCGUGGCAGCGCAGCCUUCGGGUUGAAGAGACAGUCGUUCCUUGCGCCGGCUACGGAGGCCGGCAGGGGGCGGCGGCGGAGGCCGUUGCUCAGAGUCCAGAGGCGGGGCCGCGGGCUCCCAGCGCUGCGAGCCGGCGGGCCAGAACUGGGCCGCGUCGCGGUGCGCGGGCCGAGGCCAUGGGCGACCGUGGAGGGGUGGGCAGCUCUCGGCGUCGGAGGACCAGCUCGCGGGUUUCCGUCCAGGCUGGCGAAGAGGAGGUGCGAGAUGCGGCUGUGGGCCCCGACUUGGGCGCCGGGGGUGACGCUCCUUCUCCAGCUCCAGCUCCAGCCCAGACCCCGGACAAAGAGGGGCACACCAACGUGGGCGACGGCCACUGGGAGCUGAGGUGCCAUCGUCUGCAAGAUUCUUUGUUCAGCUCAGACAGUGGUUUCAACAAUUAUCGCGGUAUCCUGAAUUGGUGUGUGGUGAUGCUGAUCCUGAGUAAUGCAAGGUUAUUUUUAGAGAAUCUCAUCAAGUAUGGCAUCCUGGUGGAUCCCAUCCAGGUGGUGUCUCUGUUUCUGAAGGACCCCUACAGCUGGCCUGCCCCAUGCCUGGUUAUUGCAUCCAACAUCUUUACUGUGGCCGCAUUUCAGAUUGAGAAGCGUCUGGCAGUGGGUGCUCUGACAGAGCAGAUGGGGCUGCUGCUACAUGUGGUUAACCUGGCCACCAUCAUCUGCUUCCCAGCAGCUGUGGCCUUACUGGUUGAGUCCAUCACUCCAGUGGGUUCCGUGUUUGCUCUGGCAUCAUACUCCAUCAUCUUCCUCAAGCUCUUUUCCUACCGGGACGUCAACCUGUGGUGCCGCCAGCGAAGGGUCAAGUCCAAAGCUGUUUCUACAGGGAAGAAGGUUGGUGGAGCUGCUGCCCAGCAAACUGUGAACUACCCAGACAACCUGACCUACCGAGAUCUCUACUACUUCAUUUUUGCUCCUACUUUGUGUUAUGAACUCAACUUUCCUCGAUCCCCCCGAAUACGAAAGCGCUUUCUGCUACGAAGGGUUCUUGAGAUGCUCUUCUUCACCCAGCUUCAAGUGGGGUUGAUCCAACAGUGGAUGGUCCCUACUAUUCAGAACUCCAUGAAGCCCUUCAAGGAUAUGGACUACUCACGUAUCAUUGAGCGUCUCUUAAAGCUGGCGGUCCCCAACCAUCUGAUCUGGCUCAUCUUCUUCUACUGGCUUUUCCAUUCCUGCAUGAAUGCCGUGGCAGAGCUUAUGCAGUUUGGAGACCGCGAAUUCUAUAGGGACUGGUGGAAUGCUGAGUCUGUCACCUACUUUUGGCAGAAUUGGAAUAUCCCUGUGCACAAGUGGUGCAGCAGACACUUCUAUAAGCCUAUGCUCCGACUGGGCAGCAGCAGAUGGAUGGCCAGGACAGGGGUAUUUCUGGCCUCAGCCUUCUUCCAUGAGUACCUAGUGAGCAUUCCCCUGCGUAUGUUCCGUCUCUGGGCAUUUACAGCCAUGAUGGCUCAGAUCCCACUGGCCUGGAUUGUGGGCCGCUUCUUUCAAGGGAACUAUGGCAAUGCAGCUGUGUGGGUGACACUCAUCAUUGGGCAACCAGUGGCUGUGCUCAUGUAUGUCCAUGACUACUACGUGCUCAACUAUGAUGCUCCAGUGGGGGCCUGAGCUACUGCCAAAGGCCAGCCCUCCCUAACCUGGGCCUGGAGUUCUGGAGGGGUUCCUGGCUGCCUGCACACUCCUCCUAGUCUGGGAGGCCUCUCUGCCCCUAUGGGGCCCACUCCUGCUCUUGGGGAUGGCACCUGAGUCCGGCUGGUAUGAGCCAGUGCUGGGAGUAUGUGCUGACCAGGGGCUGAGGGAAUCAAUAAAGUGCUGUCUAAAAACUUUC